AUGACCCCAUUCGAGUUCUCACGACUACCUGCGCUGUUCGAUGUACUCCUCUGGAAGAUUGCGCCUGGACUUGGUGAAGCACGAUCGAAAUCUGCGAGAAUAUAUCGGCGGAGAAUCUACUUACUGCUGCUUCUGAUCAUCAGCCUGUGCGCACUCUGCAACCUCAUGGGCCCCGCGACUGCCGUUCUGGUUCUGCCAACACUGCAAUGGAUUGAUACGGCAAAUGUUGGGAACAGUAGUUUUGUGGGAAUGAACGCCGCGAACCCACCCCAGGCUGGCAACUGGUUCAUUCAAACUUCGAACUGUACCGCGAACGAGGCUCAAACCUUCAACUAUUCCUGCGCAGCUCCCACAUUUGGCUCAGCGCUCGAUGUAUGGCUGGAGUCCAUCAGGAAUACGGCGCCAGGCGUGACACAGCAGGAUCAACUUACGUUCAAUAUCAACACCACGUACUCAAUCUCCACCGAUGGGCCUCUGACGGCUAGAUACAACUCAUCGCUGUAUUGGGCCCCGAAUCGAGAAAUCCUUUCGAACCUCAGCGCCGACUUUCUUGCUGUUGGUCUGCUGUCCCUUGGUGUAGACGAAAAGACCUGGGAACAGAAUGUCGGCUCAUUGGAUUCGUACAACUCAUACGCCGAGUACAACAGUAGUCUAAACUUGGCUAUUCUGCGCAACGGGCCAAUCCUGGGGGCUAUUGUGAACAACUGGAUCAGCUUCGACAAUGCCUCUGUCACUGUGGUUGAGGUUGCUCCUAAUCAGCAAAUUCGAUGCUACGACAGCUAUAAUCUGGAUAGCUUCGAUGGGACUUCGAGCGGAAACUACACAAAGUGCAUACAGACCGGGACGGGAUGGAGCCCAUCGAACAAGAUGUCCAAUUUCUCCGUCGCUGGCACGUAUGACUAUGCUACUACUCGAGUUGUGCGACCAGACACGCAGAUCAGCAUUUUCUCGUCGGAGAAAGCUGCGUUUUUGGAGAAUGGAGUCCUUCCUGACUGGCUGCCGGGUGACUGUCUUAGGAAUGGCACUGUUCCUACCGGAACAAACUGCGACUACAAUCGACUGUUCACCAUGGAUCACUCCUCACCUGUGGCAAACCGCAGCUCCAACGUCAACACAAUGGAAAUGACCACACGCCAAAAUACAACCUCUGUAACAGCAGCCAUCGACUUCAUCGCCUUCCUCGGUUUCACAACAUACACUCUGGAUGCCUCACCAAUCACCAACCCCUCCCAAGUCAUUCAAACCGAAGAUAUUGACAACACCCAAACCUCCAUCACCAUCGAUCCCUCCUGGAUGCUCGCCGACUUCUCCGCUGACGCCGGCUCAAUCCAAUCCCCAGACCACUCUACCUCCCAACAACUCUCCAACCUCAUGAACACCUUCCUCUCCCUGGCCCAACAACCCAAUCCCUCCACGGACUCCCUCUCGGACACAGACCAAAACAACUACUACUACCUCACCAUGAUCUCCAUCGCCCAAACCCUCUCCAUAAUCGACAUCAACACAUCACCCUCAACAUCCUCCUCCACCACCACCCAAACCCACCCCCUCCUCCACCGCAGCGCCCGCAUGAACGUCUGGGCCUACAGCGCCUCCUCCUCCCGCACCGCCAUCCUCGGCACCAUCGUCGCCAUCAUCGGCAUCGUCGUCACCCUCAUCCAAUUCGUCAUGUCCCUAUGGGAUAAGAGGCCUUUCCGUAGUUCGACGCAGUUGCUCGUCGCGGCGCUGGAGCAUGUUCCGAGGGAUGAGUUUAGGGGGCGGCAGACGAGUGAGGAGGGGGUCGCGAGGGUGAGGUUUCAUGUUAGGGAGGCUUUGGAGGGGGUUGGUUUUGGUGGGGGUGGGGAUGGGAAGGAGAGAGAGGGGGAUGGGGAUGGGGAUGGGGGUGGGGGCUUGGUGGGGAGGAUUCGGUUUCAGAGGACGGAGGGGUGA